AUGUAGCCUACGUGGCUUCACAGCUGAGGGCUGGCAGGGUUUGUUUACAGAGAGGUGAAUGUACUGUUUGUAGAUUGAAAACCUGAACGUGGAGUACAUGCUGUGUAUUCUUUAAAUUGAGCUGUUCUCGAGAAAGCCUUUUAUUGACCGGCGACACAGCAGCAUCAGCGGGAGCGGGGCUGUGACGUUUACUUCCUGCUGCAGCUGCUGUAAACAAGCUUUCUGCCGACUCUCCGGCCUGCUGGACUGAUAUGGCGGAGAGCGGGUCGUCGGUUGAAUUUUCCGGCUCUCUGACGAGCUCGAAUCUUCCGCCGCCGAGGACCCGUAUCUUCAAAAUCAUCGUGAUCGGAGACUCGGGUGUCGGGAAAACCUGCCUCACGUACCGCUUCUGUGCCGGCAAGUUCCCCGAGAAGACCGAGGCCACGAUCGGGGUGGACUUCAGGGAGAGGCUGGUGGAGAUUGACGGAGAGAAAAUCAAGAUCCAGCUAUGGGACACUGCGGGUCAGGAGCGCUUCAGGAAGUCCAUGGUGCAGCACUACUACCGCAACGUGCACGCCGUGGUCUUCGUUUACGAUGUCACCAACGGCACCAGCUUCCGCAGCCUGCCGGCCUGGAUAGAGGAGUGUAAGCAGCACGCUCUGGGCACGGAGGUACCCAGGAUUCUUGUGGGGAACAAGUGUGACCUCCAAGACUCGGUCCAGGUGGGUACAGACGUGGCGCAGCAGUUUGCAGACACCCACUCCAUGCCCCUGUUCGAGACGUCCGCGAAAAACCCAAACAGCCAGGGAGACAGAGGAAACAGUGACCAUGUGGAGGCUAUUUUUCUGACGGUGGCACACAAGCUCAAGUCUCAGAAGCCCCUGGUACUGAGCCAGCCCCCUGUGGGGUCAGGGGGCACCAUCAACCUGAGCAAGGGGGGGACAGAGGGGACAGAGGGAGUGAGGAGCUGGGGUUGCAGCGGCGGAUGCUGAGGGAGGGAGAGAGAGGGAGAACUUCAGGGCUGCACUACACCAUGAAGCUUGCAUCGAGUCGAGGUCUAUAAAGGGAGAAUGGAUGCUGCACAAUCAGAACACACACACACACCUCAUAUAGAAGAGGAUCAUUUAUUUGCAUGCCUGUGAGUUACUUUAUACAUGCUUUUCAGUGUUUACAGAUUGAUUGUGUUUGAAUGCCAAAAUCUAUCGUGUUCAUUGGAGUGAUCCUGAACAAGCAGCCAAAAGCCUAACCCCUUUCCCCCAUUCUGCGUUGAUCUUCAAAACACAAGCAGCCACAUCUAGCAGUAGGUUCCAAUUCCCUCCAUUUGAGAUACAGAGUGGAAAUAUAUUAGGGCUGUCAAUUAAUCAAUUUUUAACCUGUUCAAAGUUUUCACAUUUUUGGCAAGAAUUAACAGUGACAUCCCUAAUUAAAAAAAUUCACAGCUUGUUAUUUUGUAGGGAUGUGAAGUGUGUAAUCAUAUUUCAAAAUGAAAUCAAUGUCAUGCUUUGGAGUAACAGAAAUUGCACUGCCAAUGAACACUAAGUUAGAAAAUGCAACACUUGCCCAAUUUCACAUGAUGGAAAUAAAACAUGUCCAGUAUUCUAUCCGAAUACUGAUAAUGACUUCUCUCUA